CAAAAAUAGUUAAAAAGUGAUAUUUUAUUUUAUCACAUAUAUUAUAUAUAAUAGCAUAAAAUAUAAUAUAAAUAUGUUCCUUCUACAGAAAAUCUCGUACCUAUUUGAUAUACUUUAAACAUAUUCGAAAACUAAUUAUUAAACUUUGCACAAUGAAUUUGCAAGAUUUUAUUGUGAAAAAGAAGGCGUUAUUAAAAUCAUGCAAAACAGUGAUAACGGAUACACUUGGCAAUAAGUGCGAAAUCGAAUGUGGUCAAAUAAGAAACCUGGGAAAAACCUUGCCAUUCGUAGUAGACGAAAAUCCUGAUUUGCAGGUUGCUAAUGUAGCACCGGGAUUGUAUCUCAGUUCUCAGGAUCCAGUGGUUUGCAAUGACAUAUUAAAGAAAUACGAAAUAAAGCAUAUUUUAAGCAUAGGUGUUAACGUGUCUGAAAAAUUUGACAAUAUUCAAUAUCACACCUGCGACUUGUUGGACCUACCAGAAUCGAAUUUACUCGCGUCAUUAAAGAAUUGCAUUAUGAUUAUACACGCGAAUCGUAAAGAAAAUAUUCUUGUGCAUUGCAAUGCUGGCGUUUCUCGGUCUCCUGCAAUCGUGAUCGCUUAUUUGAUGAUUGUUACAAAAUUGUCGUACGACGAGGCUUAUGAUAAAGUAAAGGCGGCAAGAAGUUGUAUUAGACCUAAUGAUGGAUUCGUGAAACAGUUGCGCAGUAUUGAGAAUACAACUUUUAUUGAUACAGCAGAGUUCCACAUAACUUAAGUCACAUCAAUUUGACUCACUGAAAGCAAUGUCGUUUAUUCAAAAAAAAAAAAACCAAGUUGGAUCAAGAGAUUGCAGUAUGUUGAACUCUGUUGUAAAAACCUCGUAACAUUUUAGUACAUUAUACUCAAGUUUAAAAAAAAAAAUACGCUCUCUUUCUUAAAUAUGAUAAUAGUGUGUACAUACAUACACUCUCUUAUAGAAACCGUAAUAUCACUAAAAAUGUAUUUUUAACUUAUCUUUUGUAUGUGUGUCUCUAAUGUAUAUAAAUAAUUAUUGUUAAAAAAAGAGCAACCUUCUAUUAUGUUUAAUGUCGGUCUGAAGCUAGUUCUCAUUUUCCCAAGCUUGGCGAGCACUAUAAUAUAAAUUCAGUAAAAACUGAAUGUCCAGCGAGAAAGGUCUGAAAGUUUUGUUUAACAUUGAGAAGGAUAGGAAAAAAUAAUACAUACAUGAGAAAUUAAUAAAUAGAUCUAUGAAUGUAAUAUAUUGUUGUUACAAUAGAAUCCAUGUGUUAUAACAUUAUUUACUUAUGUAUACAGAGAAUAUUUUGUUUCAUAUACAUGCAUAUAUGUAUAUAUAUAUAUGUAUAUGUAUAUAUAUAUACAUAUAUAUGCACAUAUAUAUUUUAUAUAUAUAUAUAAUAACUCAUUAAAAAAGUAUAUUCAUGCAUAGCAUCUAUAUCAAAUUCUUAGCCAAAACCAAGUAUAUUAAAAUUUACUACUCCUGGCUUUCUUAUAUUUACCAUGUAUUGGAGAUGACAUAUAGGUCGCUAAGUAGGUUUAUAAAAAUUACUGUAAAUCUAAAAAAUAUAUAAGUGAAUAUUUGUAUACAUGAUAAUUCUAUUAUUUUUCAUUCAUAAGAUAGAGUGUAUCUCAUUAUACUCGUAGUAUUUCUUAUUCAUUUCUUUUUCCUUCCUCCCUCCCUCUCUCUUUCUCUAUCACACACACACACACACAUCUACUCAUUCUCUCUCACACACACAUAACAUACAUGUAUAGAAUCAGUAUUCAUAUAUAAAUGUUUACAUGUAUACACGCGCAUCACAUACACACAUGUAUACAUAUAUACAGAUUUUUUGUAAGUGAACAAUAAGGCCAAAGAGAACCAAACACAGAUCUUAAUAAUGCGCAAAAAAAUUAAUAUUAAUACAAUUUACUUAAGGAGAAAAAAGUGCAAAUGGUCAAAUAGAUAGUUCAAAAUAUAACGCGCGUAAAAAAUAAAGAGAUCUCCGGUAUUUUACUCUGUAGAGCAAUCACAAAUUAUGUUGUUCACAAUUUAUUUAUCUCUUGUUUUAUACGUGCAUCAUCUCGACUGGAUCAAAUACAUAAAAGUAUUCUUCGUUAAAGAUUUGGAGUUUAUUCCAAUUAAAAAUUGUGAAAAGAAAUUUAUUCGUAAUAACUAAAUAUAUUUCACGUUUUUAUACGAAUAAAUAAACUUUGAAUGUUCAGAAUAUAAUUUUCUUUUUUUGCACACCUAAGAUUUAUGUUCGAUUUUCUCUUAUUUUUCAUUCACAAUGUUUUAGAAUUAUCAGAUAAAUCUCGAUAGAUAUAGAUUCUUCGACCAGUUUAAAAUAUAAUUUGU